AUGAAGCUCGUCCACCGCAACCUCGUCCGCAACGGGCCUGGCUCCGUCAAGUUGGUGCCAGAGGAGGAGGACGACUUGUGGCACGCUUACAACCUCAUUGCUAUCGGUGACAACCUCCAGGCCGUCACCGUUCGGAAAGUGCUGAGAGAGGUGGCAUCUGGAGGACGUGAUGCCGAGCGUGUGAAGCUUAAGUUAGAAAUUGUAGUUGAGUCUGUAGACUAUGACAAGGAGGGAUCUGUCUUACGUGUGCGUGGAAAAAAUAUCACUGAGAAUGAUCAUGUGAAGAUUGGCCAGUUCCACACGUUAGAGCUUGAGCUGAAGAGACCUUUUGUUCUACAAAAGGAAAUUUGGGAUUGGCUGGCACUUGAGACCAUCCAGCAAGCAUGUGAUCCUGCUGCAAGUGCUGAUCUAGCAGUUAUUCUCAUGCAAGAAGGACUUGCCCACCUAUUCCUCAUUGGCAGAAGCAUAACAGCAACCCGGGCACGUAUUGAAACAUCAAUUCCUAGGAAGCAUGGCCCUGCAAUUGCUGGCUAUGAGACGGCCCUCAAGAAGUUCUUUGAGCAUGUUUUGCAAGCAUUGCUGAAACACAUUGAUUUUGAAGUAGUCCAGUGUGUUGUAAUUGCAAGCCCAGGUUUUACGAAGGAUCAGUUUCGUGAUUAUUUGUUUCUUGAAGCUGCACGGCGAGAUUUAAGAGUAAUAAUUGAGAACAAGCAACGCCUUGUUCUGGCACAUGCAACAUCAGGUUACAAGCAUAGUUUGAAGGAAGUUUUGGAUACCCCAGGUGUGAUGGCACUGAUAAAAGAUACAAAAGCAGCACAGGAGGUCCGAGCUCUGCAGGAUUUCUUCAAUAUGCUUACUAAUGACCCAGCUCGUGCUUGUUAUGGUCCAAAGCAUGUUGAGAUUGCACAUGAACAGUAUGCUGCUGUCCAGACUCUUUUAAUAACUGAUACUUUGUUUCGGAACACUGACAUUGCUACGAGGCAAAAGUAUGUGAACUUGGUUGAAAAUGUCAAGAAAAGUAAUAGCACAGUGCACAUAUUUUCCUCAAUGCAUGUCUCUGGCGAACAGUUAGCGCAACUGACAGGAAUAGCAGCUAUACUUCGUUUUCCCCUUCCUCAGCUAGAGGACAUCGAGAUGUGA